UUAACAAUAAGUAAUAAUUGUUUAGUAUUAAUUUAGUUUUUUAUGUAAUUAAAUUUUAUUAUUUCAAUCUACAAUGGAUAAUGACAAUGAACAAUGUGCCAAUGACGAGUUUAUACCAGAGACAUUAGAAGAAAGACUUUGGGGUCUUACAGAAAUAUUUCCUCAAUCAAUUGUUGAUAAAGCUUGUUAUGUAGGAAAAAUAACAAAGAGACACUGUAAAAUUGCUCUACAUUAUGGUCGUACUUAUGGGUGGAUGAUUGGAAGUUCAGCAGCAAUUCUCUUUAUACCUUUAAUUACUCAUCGAGAACUUCAAAAAAAAUGUUAAUUUUUAAAACAAAGGCUAUAAACUUAAUGGUGGUUAUAA